GGGGUGCAGAGGAGAAGCGAGCAGGCAGACUGAGGGAGCGCAGAAGGAGCUCAGCAGCGGGUCUCUGGUCGGCAGCAGGAGGACGCAGCGCAGGCAUGGGAGUAGAGGUCGAGACAAUCACACCGGGAGACGGAAGGACCUUCCCUAAAAAAGGCCAGACGUGUGUGGUGCAUUAUGUGGAUUUCCUCCUCUGUGCUGCUGCUCUUCCCAAAGGCUCCUUGACAGACGGACGGAAGUUUGACUCAUCCCGCGACAGGGACAAGCCGUUCAGGUUCAAGGUCGGCAAGCAGGAAGUGAUCCGAGGCUGGGAGGAAGGUGUGGUGCAGAUGAGUGUGGGUCAGAGGGCCAAGCUGACCUGCUCCCCAGACUACGCUUACGGAAACAAAGGCCACCCGGGCAUCAUCCCCCCCAACGCCACGCUGGUCUUUGAUGUGGAGCUGCUGGGUCUGGAAUAAAGCUGCCAUGUUUGUUUCUGCCCUCUGACCUGCUGACCUGAGCAGAAGCCUUGGAUGAUCUACGCUUCAUACCUUCAGUUUUCUUUCAUUCAUCCUCCAGAUUAAAGCUUCUCAUUUUCCACAAAUCUUAAUUAUUUAGAAUAUUUUUUGUUUUCUUUUUGUUAUGUAGAGUUGUGUUUGUGUAGGAUCGCUGUGAGGAGCGAUAAAUAUGCUGAUGAAUCACUAGCAGCAAUGAGUCAGUGUGUUCUGGUAUUUAUAGCUUGUUUUAUCAUUUCAGUGGCUGGAUUACAGGAUUAAAUCCUUUUAGUUUCAUGUAGUUUAGACAAAUCAUGGUGCAGCACAGUCAGUCCACUUGUGACCUUAAAUGGACAUUUGUGCAGGAAGUGAGAUGAGGAAUAGAAAGAGGAGUUGUAGAUAGCUCUGAUGUGUGCCUACCUUGCCCUGUCUGCUUGCUCUAGAUCUGUGCACGGGGUGAAAGCUCUGCGUUGGGUUUGCAUCCUGACUGCCUUUCCUUCUCUUUAAACCCCAUUUAAAGCCAUAGCUGAUUGCUGCAGGCGGAGGACAGUGCCCCACGCACUGCGUCUGAAUUAGAGUGAAAUGUUUGAAACUUCCAAAAGUGAGCAGAGACGAUUCUGUUUGACUUUAUUUUUUGUAAUAACUUGAAUAUUUCCUUUGAUGACAAGUUUCUACCUUUGAGAAAUAAUGAAGCUGGUGUCGUUUCUAGGUUUGCUGUCUCUGAUGCAGCGUCCUUUCAGUACCGCUGCGUUGGAGGCAGGAAAAAACCAACUAGUGUUUUUUAUACCUGACAGAAGUCGUUUUAAAUGGAGUUUAAAUGAACGUCUGUGUGCUGCUGACCGGCUGCCGACGUUACGCUCCCGCCAAGCUGAGACGGACCGCCUGUUCUGUGUAGUCCUGUGCUGAAAUGUUACUGUAUGCAGACUCAACCAAUGAUGUAUUUCCAAUAAAAGAAAAUACCUUCUGCCUGCA